AUGGAAGAUUCAUUUAUUCAAUUGAAUGAUUUACCUGAUGAAAUGCUGAUGAUGAUUUUUAAAAAACUGUCCAAUGUAGAAGUACUUGAUUCUUUAAUCGAUGUUAAUAAACGAUUGGCUCAAAUUGCAUCUGAUUCUACGUUUACAAAUUAUUUACCUUUAAUAAAAUCUAUGUCCAACGGUCAUAUUUAUCCAUUAGAUGAUUCAAUACUUGAUCGAUUUUGUUUACAAAUUCUACCUGAAAUUCAUCAAAAAAUCAAAUGGCUUGAUCUUGAAUCAACUUCAAUGGAGCGUGUUCUUCUUAAUACAAACUAUCCUAAUCUAGCUGGACUUAGUUUAUAUAAUAUUCAUGAAGAAACACUUACACAUCUUCUUACUGAUGAAAUUCGCUUCACUCGCGAUUUCAAAAAUCAAAUUCUAUCACUUAUUAUCGAUAUUAAUACAAACGAAGAAGAAGAUGUGUUAGAGAAUACCAUUCCAAUUAUAUUUUCAUAUAUUUUUAAAGCAUUUACAAAUUUACAACAUUUUAAAUUUGGUUCAUCGUCAAGUUCUUGUCCACGAUUAUCAUUUUAUAAUACAUGUCCAUUUCUUAAUUCAUCAAAUUUAUUAGAAUUACAUGUCAACUUAGAAACUUUUAAUGAUUGUCUUUAUUUGUGUGAUGGCCGUUUCAAUCAACUUCAUAUCCUUGAUGUUAAUAUUUUACGAAUUCAAUCUUCGAAUUUAAUACUUAAUAAUACGGAAAGUUUGCCUGUAUUAAAAUGUUUUUCGCUUUCCUGUCGUAAUCAUACAUUUGAAUAUGAUGAAUUAAUUUUGCCAUUGUUACAUCGGAUGUGUAAUUUAGAAAAACUCCAUCUAUAUCUUUUUGUUUGUGGAAGAGAAACAUUUAUUGACGGUAAUGAAAUGAAAUUCAAUAUUGCCAAUCAUUUGAACCAUUUAAAUACAUUUACAUUUAAUAUUUAUUCGUUUAUUGAUUUUAAUUCUGAAAUUAAUUUGUUACCAUCAAAUGAACAUAUUCGAAGGUCAUUUGAAAAUUUUCAAUUUAAUCAAAUUAGUUCGUUUGUUGAUUAUUUUCCAAAAUCUGAACUAGGCCAAUGUCAUAUCUAUUCACAUCCAUAUACAUUGGAACAUUUCGAUACAAUAACAAAUAAUUUUUCGGGCGGAAUAUUUCAAUUUGUUCGUAAAAUAUUAUUAUUUGAUGAACGACCUUUUGAACAUGAAUUUUUCCUUCAAAUUUCUCAAUCAUUUCCAGUUUUACAAAAAUUAUCUGUGGUCAAUCGAACGCGACAAAACAAUAAAUUACUUCGACGAUCAAAAGCUGUCAGUCGAAAUUUAUUGAUCAUAGAAUUUCCUCAUCUUACUGAACUUGAUCUUGCCGCUGCGCACCUUGAUUAUGUUAAACAAUUUUUAUUUGAUACUAAAACAUGUCUACCAAAUGAUGUUCGUUUUUUAGUCUAUUCUAGACUACUGAGAAAAGCAACACGAAAUUUUACAAGAAAUACAACAAAACAAAAUUGUUCCAAAGUCAAUCUUAUAUUAUUUUAUAAAAUAUAA